CCACCGUAUCUCGCCUCUUUUCUCCGAGACUCCUGCUCACCUCACGAGCACCAGGUAAGUAGCUGAGGACCUCAGCCUGAGGUCGAGCCGCCGUCGCCAUCGCCGUCGUCGUCUUCUUCUUCGUCUCCGGCAGGGAGCCUCGGGAGGAGCUGGCUAACGAGCUGGAUCAGCUGGAGGGCGGGUUCGCCUCGGCGCCGCGCGGGCACGAGACCGAGGAGCAGCGCAACAAGUUCCUGGUGCUCCGCCUCUACGAGGCGCUCAACGGGCGCGACCACGCCGCCGUCCACUCCCUCCUCGCCCCCGACCUCGAGUGGUGGUUCCAUGGCCCGCCCGCGCACCAGCACAUGAUGCGCCUCCUCACCGGCGGCACAUCACCGUCCUCCUUCCGCUUCCAGCCGCGCUCCGUCGACGCCUUCGGCUCCACCGUCAUCGCCGAGGGCGUGGACGACAAGGCCACCAAGGCCUACUGGGUGCACGCCUGGACCGUGGGCGGCGAUGGGGUGAUCACCCAGCUGCGCGAGUACUUCAACACCGACCUCACCGUCACGCGCCUCGCCGCCGCCGCCGCGUCCAAGUGCGUCUGGCAGAGCCGCCGCCCCGACCGCGCCCGCAACUCCCUCCCCGGCCUCGUCCUCGCCCUCUAGCCACCCAACCCAAGCCAAGCCGGACGACGACGGCCACCACUUGGGCGCACGCAUGGGCUGACGCUGCUGUCUUUCUUUCUUUCUUCAUCAACCAUCCCCUUCUCUGCUCUGCUCUCCCUGGCCUAGUUGUUUCUUGUUUGCGUGUCUGGUGAACGUACGUAGCAUAGCUGAAUAGCCGCCGACCAACCGGCCGGUGAUGGCGACGCGGCGCCGUCAUGGCGGCUGCGUCUUCACUGCUACUGCUUGUGUGUCUUCGUCGUUGCUGUCAUGGUGUAAUCAUAGUAAUAGUGAUAAAAGGAAGUUGGCUUGUACUGGACGUAA